CUGUAGCAAAUAAACAGAAAAUACAAGUCGUCUUCAACCGUGGACUCACAACUCCAUUUAGUUUUGGAGCUUCUCAAACCCUAAUUGAGCGGCGAAAAUGGCGAAUCUCUCCGGUCACAUCUUGACAUUAUUACUUUUUCCGAUCCUCAUCGCCGCAUUCUCGCCGGAAAAUCCAACAGAUCGACGCAUUCUAGUCUUACUCGACGAUCUCUCUCUCAAGUCAUCUCACUCGAUCUUCUUCAAUUCGCUUCAGUCUCGUGGCUUUCUCCUCGAUUUCAAGCUCGCUGAUGAUCCGAGUUUGUCGCUCCAGCGAUAUGGACAGUAUUUGUAUGACGCGCUCGUUUUGUUUGCUCCGAGUACUGAGAGAUUUGGAGGAUCGUUGGAUUUGGCGGCCAUACUCGAUUUUGCUGAUUCAGGUCAUGAUGUGAUUGUUGCUGCUGAUGAGAAUGCUUCGGACUUGAUCCGGAACAUUGCUGCGGAAUGUGGUGUUGAUUUUGACGAGGACUCUUCAGCUGUGGUGAUUGAUCACAUCAGUUAUGCCGUUUCAGAAACCGAGGGAGACCACACAUUAAUCGCCUCUGAUGAUUUCAUAAAAUCUGAUGUUAUUUUGGGAAGCACACCUAUUGAGGCCCCUAUACUUUUCAAAGGUAUUGGACAUUCACUAAAUCCAGCAAAUACUUUGGUUUUGAAGGUUCUAUCAGGUUCUUCUUCGUCAUACUCUGCUAAUCCUAAGCUUAAGCUGUCCAGCCCUCCCGCCCUUACUGGAUCUGCUAUCUCAUUAGUUUCUAUUGUGCAGGCAAGAAACAAUGCAAGGAUUCUUAUUUCUGGCUCUUUAGAUCUGUUCAGUGAUAAACUGUUUAAAUCAAGUGUGCAAAAGGCUGGGAGUCCUACCAGAUAUGGAAAAUCUGGCAAUGAACAAUUUGUGACUGAACUUAGCAAAUGGGUCUUUCACGAAAGGGGCCACUUAAAGGCUGUGAAUGUUAGGCACAACAAAGUCGGUGAAUCAGAAGAACCUGCAAUGUACAGGAUCAAUGACGAGCUGGAAUACUUCGUAGAAAUUUAUGAGUGGUCUGGAACAAGUUGGGAACCAUAUGUUGCCAGCGAUGUUCAACUUCAGUUUUACAUGAUGAGCCCAUAUGUGCUAAAAACAAUGCUAACUGAUCAGAAGGGUUUUUACUCUGUUUCUAUGAAGGUGCCCGAUGUUUAUGGUGUUUUUCAGUUCAAGAUUGAGUACCAGAGGCUAGGAUACACUAGCUUAUCACUGUCAAAACAGAUUCCAGUUCGGCCCUUUAGACACAAUGAAUAUGAAAGAUUUAUAACUACAGCCUUUCCUUAUUAUGGAGCUUCUUUCUCUACGAUGGCAGGGUUCUUCAUCUUCAGCAUUGUAUACCUUUACAACAAGUAGAUGCUAAAUGGAUGUACUGGUGGCAUAUAUAUGGAUUCUGUUUGCGGAAAAUUGGAUCCUAAGCAAAAACGUAAUUCAGUGCAUGUGAUUGAGGUGGUUUAGACAAUAGAGAUAAAUUCUACAUCCCAACAUAAAUUUUGUAGUUUGGGCGUUUGUAACAACUAAUUUAUACUGAAGAAAAAGCUACUAUGUCGUGACAUUCAAGUUUGCCCAAUACAAUAGUGGUGGAAUUCAGUGAUC